AUGAAGGCGACAAACCAUUUAAGCGUUUUUGCCUUAUUUUUAUUUAUAAUUGCAAUAAUUCCGUGCUUGGCUGUUUAUUCGGACAUACCCAUUGAGAAAUUAGACUAUGAAACAAUUAAGGCGAAUGAAAAAAUACGAUCCAAAUCAAGAAAGGAUGAACUGAUCAUGUUGUCACUUGUAUGUGGAAGCAUUCUUCUAGCCUUUGCAUCCCUGUGGGGAAUCAGAAUUCAUCAUACAUUGAAAUAUGACCGAAGAGGCAAAGUCACAAAUGAUCAGGAAACAAUGACCCCGAUGGGGGAACCCACAAUGUCUUUUGAAGAUGACUUGUUGCACCAAGAAACAGAAGACACCUGA